AUGGGCGUUUCGCCCGGGCAGAGUGCUGCUACCACUGCUGCUGGUGGCACAAACGAGAGUGAAUAUGGCGAGGGGGUUAUCGAAUCAGCAGAGGAGAUUACCACUCUAAACCGAGACAUUACCUCUUCCGACCUGCACAUACUCCACCUCAACUACGGUCUACACCACAAAACCUCUCUUCUCUCCCUUAACUGCACCGGGAAACCCUGCCCGGACUUCUCGGGCAGCUGCGGAAAACGUUUCCCCAACAUCUCAGCCUGCUGGAACGCGGGACUGGUGGAUGAGGGGUAUGUGAAGCCGCCCACUCCGAUAAACUGCCCGAAAAUAUUCAACGUGAAUGACUUGAAGCCAGAGGGGAGGGACACUAGCUGCAGCCAUUACACGGAUUUCCACUGGCACGACCAGGCGGCCUAUCAGGUGUUUCGCCUGAACAACGUGUUCGUGAAUGACGAUGGGAAUGUGUUCAAUGCCACUACUCUCUUCAACAAGGGUGACUGCAACGGGCAUCUCAAUUUUUCCUUCAAGGCAGGGAAGACCCAAGUGUAUCACGUGGAUAAAGCGAUCUCUCUGGUCUACCGCCAGGCAGAUGCAUUUUAUCACGGCUUCAUAGAGUGGCAACCCGCCUUCUACAUCCUCCACUCAGUGCUCGCAGCCCAUCCCAACAUCCCCCUGCUAGCUCGGCCCUCCCAGGUAAGGCAUCUACCUGCUCUCUCUCCCAGCCUUCUUGUGCUGUCAGGCGGAUGCCUCCAACCACCCCUCAUUCUACCACGGCUUCAUAGAGUGGCAACCCGCCUUCUACAUCCUCCGCUCAGUGCUCGCAGCCCAUCCCCACAUCCCGCUGCUGGCUCGGCCCUCCCAGUGGCGUUUCUAUCAUCGCACCAUUCAGCACCUGGUAGGAGUCAGCACCAAGUCUUUCCGCCGCCUAGCCAUUCCCGAGGGAACCCUUUUCCACGUGAGGGAGCUUUACCUGCCACUCUACCAGAGCUGUGGAAAUCCCUCUCCUGCCAUCUGGCACACCCUUCGUUAUAA